GCCCUCCCUCUUUCCAGUAUACUGCAGAGGCUGUGGAAGUGAUAGCCUGGCAACGCAGGACACAAGGUAUCGCUGUGCAAGCAAAAGGUCCAAGCGACGGAAUAUUUUGUCAGAAGUUCGUUAAGUCGAACAUGAAACCUCAGUUGUUUGCCAUAGACUUAGUACUUCUGUGCAUAUCUUGCGGAGCAAGUGCACUGGCAACGAGUAUUCCUAAUGAGUCCACGUUGUUGCCAGGCGCCAAUUUCACCAUACUUGGCUCAGCGCACAGCCACGGAACAGACGCCACGAAUAAAACCAGGAGGAAGCGUUAUAUUACGCAAAACGACAUGCUUGCCAUUCUUGAUUACCAUAACAAAGUAAGAGGAAAAGUUUUUCCCCCGGCUUCCAAUAUGGAAUACAUGGUGUGGGACGACACCCUGGCCAAGACUGCUGAGGACUGGGCGCAUGCCUGCCUGUGGGAGCAUGGGCCACAUCACCUCCUCAGGUUCCUGGGUCAAAACCUCUCCGUCAGGACAGGACGCUAUCGAUCAAUUCUUCAGCUUGUGAAGCCAUGGUAUGAUGAGGUUAAAGAUUAUGCUUUUCCGUACCCACGGGACUGUAACCCCAGAUGUCCGCUCAGGUGCUAUGGACCCAUGUGCACACAUUAUACACAGAUGGUGUGGGCAACAUCAAACAAAGUCGGCUGUGCUGUUCACACAUGCCACAACAUGAAUGUGUGGGGUUCAGUGUGGAAGCGGGCAACAUACUUAGUUUGCAACUACUCACCCAAGGGUAACUGGAUUGGAGAGGCUCCCUACAAAGUAGGUGUCCCUUGCUCAGCCUGUCCUCCUAGCUAUGGGGGCUCAUGCACCAAUAACAUGUGCUUCCCUGCCCUUAACACAAACUACCUGCACUGGUUCAAAUAA